AUGUCCAAUGGACGCGAACCAUACACUUUCUUGUCAUUAGCAAAAUAUAUUCCUCGGCCGUUUUCAUUCAUCUAUCUAUCUAUCUAUCUAUCUAUCUAUCUAUACUCUGUUCUUAUCUAUCUAUUUAUCUGUCCACCUAUCUAUUUUUCUAUGUAUGUAUGUAUGUAUGUAUGUAUGUAUGUAUGUAUGUAUCUAUCUAUCUAUCUAUCUAUCUAUCUAUCUAUCUAUCUAUCUAUCUAUCUAUUUCCUUUCUGCUUAUAUCUACGUCUGUUCCUAUCUAUCUAUCUAUCUAUCUAUCUAUCUAUCUAUCUAUCUAUCCACUUUGAUUUCCUGAGCCGUUAUACACAUGGAUUUUGUAUUAUUUAUACCCUCCCCGUCUCUCUGUCUAUCCCUCCCUCUCUCUCUCUCUCUUAUCUAUCUCUGUCUGUUAAUACCAAUUUAUCUAUCAGUCUGUUCGUACCAGCCUAUCACAGUCAGAUCAUAUCUAUCUAUCUAUCUAUCUAUCUAUCUAUCUAUCUAUGUUCAUAUUCGUCUAUCUAUCUUUUUUCAUAUUCGUCUAUCUAUCUAUCUAUCUAUCUAUCUAUCUAUCUAUCUAUCUAUCUAUCUAUCUAUCUAUCUAUCUCACUCCGAUCAUUUUCUAUCUAUCUAUCUAUCUAUCUAUCUAUUGAAGUCUGUCCAUCUAUCUAUCUAUUUAUCUAUCUAUCUAUCUAUGAUCAUUUUCUAUUUAUCUAUCUUUCUGUCUGUGAUAUUUUUCUAUUUAUCUCUCUUUCUAUCUAUCUCAGAUCGUUUUUGUUUAUCUAUCUUUCUAUCUAUCCAUCUAUUUAUGAUCAUUUUCUAUCUAUCUAUCUAUCUAUCUAUCUAUCUAUCUAUCUAUCUAUCUAUCUAUUGAAGUCUGUCCAUCUAUCUAUCUAUCUAUCUAUCUAUCUAUUUAUCUAUGAUCAUUUUCUAUUUAUCUAUCUUUCUGUCUGUGAUAUUUUUCUAUUUAUCUCUCUUUCUAUCUAUCUCAGAUCGUUUUUGUUUAUCUAUCUUUCUAUCUAUCCAUCUAUUUAUGAUCAUUUUCUAUCUAUCUAUCUAUCUAUCUAUCUAUCUAUCAGUCGUUCAUUAUCUAUCUUAAUUAUCUAUGAGCGUUCAUUAUUAUCUCUAUAUCUAUCAGUGUUCAUUAUCUUUUUGGCAGUGUUCAUUAUCUAUCUAUCUAUCUAUCUAUAUCUAUCUAAGUUUCUUCAUUAUCUAUCUAUCUGUCUGAAUAUCUAUCUAUACCUGUCUAUCUACCUCGGUGUAUUCAGAUCUAUCUCAUUGUAUGCGGAUUUAUCUAUCUAUCUCAUUUUGUUCACGUCUAUCUACCUCAAUUUGUUCAUAUCUAUCUAUGCAUCUAUCUCAGUCUAUUCAUAUCUAUCUAUCUCUCUAUCUCAGGCUAUUCACAUCUAUUUAUGCACUAUCUAUUCAUAUCUCUCUCUCUCUCUCUCUCUCUCUCUCUAUCUAUUCAUAACUAUCUCAGUCUAUUUAUAUCUAUCUCAGUCUAUUCGUAUCUAUCUAUCGAUCGAUCUAUGUGCCUGUCUCAGUUUAUCCACAUCUCUCUCAGUUUGUUCACAUCUAUCUUUAUACCUAUCAAUGCUUAUUCCCAUCUAUCUAUCGAAGUUUAUUCACAUCUAUCUAUCUAUCUAUCUAUCUAUCUAUCUAUCUAUCUAUCUAUCUAUCUAUCUAUCUAUCAUAAACAGUUUAUGUCUUCUAAACGCUUCACUCUCUCUUUUCCAUCUUCUCCCUCUCUUUCUAUUUCUCUCUCUUUCUAUUGCUCUCUCUUUCUAUCACUCUCGCCUCUACUUUCUAUCCCCUCUCUCUCCCUCUCUUCUCUCUUUUUCUAUUCUCUCUCUCUCUUUCCCUCUCUUUUCUCCUCUCUUUUCCCUCUUUCUCCUUUCUCUCUCUUCUCUCCGUCUCACUUACUCCUCCUCUUCCCUCUCAUUCUGUUUCUCUCUGUUUCUACUUAUUUCUCUUUCUAUUGCUCUCUCUCUCUUUUCUCCUCUCUCGCCCCUCUCUCUCUCUCUCUCUCUUUAUUCUCUCUCCCCUUCUUUCUAUCUUCGCUCUCUUCCCACUUUUUUUUAUUUCUCUCUUUCAAUUUCUCACUCUCCUCUCUCUGUAUCUCUCCUCUCUCACUUUUCUCUCUCUCUCUCUCUGCUCUGUUUUCUAUCUCUACUCUCUCUCUCUCUCUCUCUCUCUCUCUCUCUCUCUCGCCCGUUACCGCAUUAG